AUGGACCCAGCCAUCACCACGAACCCUGCUUCGUCCAAUCCAAGCAUAGCAUCAGAAUCUGUACAACAAGAUCCGAGCCCAAAUCGGAGUCGAACUGCGAGUGAUACAUCCUGGUCUGAUGAUGCAAGCCGCCCUGAAGCAUAUCAUCCGGAUCUUCGAAUCGAACCUCUCCGGGGCAUGCUCUCGGAGUUGUUUAGCGAAAACAUAGCCGCCAAGGUUUGCAGAACCGGUACCAAGUAUUUGCAUACAAACAGUGGCUCAACUGGGUUACUAGAAAUACCGCAUGCGUUCCCAGAAAUAGUGCCACAAGAAGGGCCGUCAGCUGGUCAAUGGGAGCUACGCGACGCGGAUUUCUGGACCUGUGGCUUCUUUCCCGGGACAUUAUACUGUCUCUUGGAAAGAAGCAUAAAGUAUCCGCAUAUGAUGGGACUGGACGGCCCAGAGCCAAAGCAGAGUCUUGUCAAGCUUCGCGCACAGCUUGAAUCGCUAAGCAAAACCUGGUCAUGGCCGCUGCACGGCAUGGCAAAACGAACCGACACACAUGACAUCGGCUUCAUCAUAAUGCCUGCUCUAAGAAGAGAAUGGGAAUUGACAGGCGAUGAGCGGAGCCUGCAGUCCAUUGUUCAAGCAGCUAGAAGCUUGGCUACGAGAUACGUUCCUUCAGCCGGAGCUAUCCGCAGCUGGGAUUGUCUCCUAAAGAAAGACAUUACGGUUACAGACAUGAACGAGAAUCUCCUCGUCAUAAUCGACAGUCUGUGCAACCUAGAUUUGUUAUUCUACGCGUCGGCACACAGCGGAGAUGGCACUCUCAGCUCAGUGGCAGCUAGCCAUGCUCGCACCAUGCUCAAGACGCACUUGCGGCCAGAGUCAUCGACAAGUCUUACCAAAGGUAGAUAUAGAGGUCAGCUUUAUUCCACCUGCCACGUUGCAAACCUCGACCCAGCUUCCGGUGCACUCCAGUGGCGUCGCACUGCCCAGGGAUAUUCCGACGAUUCGACUUGGGCUCGGGGUCAAGCCUGGGCCAUCCUUGGCUAUGCGCAGACUUAUAUGUGGACUAAGGAUAGAGACUUUUUAGAGGCGUCUUGCGGCGCCGCUGAGUAUUUCCUUCAACGACUGGAGAAUUCUCCGCAAAGUGUGGAGAUGGCCACACGCUCCCAAGAUCCGGACUGCGAUAAAGAGCUCAACAAAUCCUUCCAAAGGGGAAGAUUUGCUCCUCUUUGGGAUUUUGAUGCACCAGUCAACGAUGAAAACCCGCUCCGGGAUUCUUCUGCGGGUGCUAUUGCAGCCAAUGGCAUGCUUAUCCUCUCUCAGGCAUUGAAUGGGAUGCAUGAUACGAAGCUGGCGAGGCGAUUCCGGGAGGCCGCCCUCAAUAUCGCGCACGACGUCCUUGACGUGAGUUUGGCAGAGGAGACUGCACAGUUCUGUAACAGUGGAAAUGACGUUCUUGCAAUUGAGGAUGUCAAACCUGGACGUACCUUUGAGGCUUUGCUUAAGAAUGGGACUGCAAACAACAACGAAAAUGCACGGAGGCGGUACUUUGAUCAUGGUUUGGUAUACGGCGACUAUUACAUGGUGGAGUUUGGCAAUCGUCUGUUGGACCUCGGGUUAAUAUAG